UAUCUCAAAAUCGGAGUUUUCCUGAUUUACAAACGUGUCAAGGACUACAGUAGAUCUAUUGUUCAGUAGCUGGCGAUCCGAUCCCCAGUUAACUCUUGAAACUCAGCGCUUUGGAAAACAAACUUACAACACGCCAUGCCCGCGUCGUUUGGCUUUGUUUUCACUUCUUAUCAGGGCAUUCUCCCUACAUCGACUUGUAGUGAUCGCAUGACGGUGAAAGAAGUCCAUGAACUCUCAACGACCUAGAAUUUCUACAACGACAAUAUUUAGAACUGUCUAGUAUCGAAAUUUGAUCUUCUUGAAUGUUAAUUGUUGUUUAUUGCUGUAAUGCAGAGAGAUAUGAGUCGAGUCAGCAAGAAGGACGUUGGUACUUUUUCACCGACAGGACCCGAAAGUACCGUGGAGGGAACAGGCCAGCACGUUCCACGCCAUCUGGCUUCUGGAAGCUCACUGGGUUAAAAACAGAGAUCGAACACAAUGGAAAAAAGAUGGGAGUGAGGAACACUCUCAAUUUCUACUGGGGGCUUCAACAGGGGGAGAAUUCAAGGACAGAGUGGAUGAUGCGUGAGUACAGUAUAAAGGAGUUUCAGAUACCUAAGGAACCUGCAGGUUUAGAGCCGCACAUGAAGUUGGACGAUGCAGUUCUAUGCAUGGUUUACAGGAACCUGAAUGAAAAUGCAGGAAGAAAAAGGCAAAAUCCGUCAGUUCAUCCACAGCAAUCGAUCCAAUCCCCAGAACAGAUUGAGAAUUUGUCUAGUGGUACUUUACAGUCCUUGUUUUGUUAA